GGAAGACAGUGAGUGAGUCAAGCAGCACAUUUCCAGGAAGAGACAGAGUGGGUAGUAGAGAGACAGGGAGAGAGGGGCAGAGAUUUAUUUAUUUAUUUAUUUAUUUUAGCAAAAAUAGUGGCCUCAGACAAAGAUUUGUGUGUUUAUCCAUCUGCAGGUCACAGUAUGGCGUUGUUUCCAUUCUGCAAGACGCCCACAGGACAAGUCAGAGUGACCAGAAUACAACUGGUCCUGUACUGUUUUCUCCUGUCUCUUAUCAUAUACUUCCUCCAUGGACGUAAAGCUGCUGCCGGUGUAAAGUCACCUCAUCCUAUCUUUCAUGCCUUGGGAAAGGAUAGAGGAGGAAUGAUGACAGACAUGAUGGUUGUCAGGGCAGCACUGCCACAGACUCCUAUGGAGACACCAUGGGGUGCUCCUUUGGUUUGGGGUGACUCCCGCAACUCGGCCUGGCGCAGAGCUAAAUUUGCACAACGGGGAAUCCGCACAGGUCUGCUGGUCCUCGUGGUGGGAUCUUACAGCCACUUCAUCCGACGUUUCCUCUCUUCAGCUGAAACCUACUUUCUCCCUGGCCAGAUGGUCACCUACUACAUCCUCACAGACAGUCCCCGUUCUCUGGAACCCCCCAUCGAGCUGGGGCCUGAGCGACAGCUGAAGGUGCUUCCUGUUGCAGAGCUGCCUGGGUGGGAGAGACUGGCCUAUCGUCGCAUGGUCCUGCUCGCCGAUGCCAUCAGAGAACCAAUCAGCGGUGAGGUCGAGUACCUCUUCUGUGCUGACGUUGACCAGGAGUUUGUGGCCCCAGUGGGGGAAGAAAUCCUAGGCGACCUGGUGGCCACGUUGCACCCAGAGCUCUAUGGGAUGCCCCGAAAUGCAUUUCCUUAUGAAAUCGAAGAAGUCUCGUCUGCUUAUGUGGAGGAGGACGAAGGAGACUAUUACUACACCUCCGAGCUGUAUGGUGGGUUGGUUUCUGAGAUGUACAGACUGGCUCGCGCCUGCUCCUUGCUCAUUCUGCAGGACCAGUCCAAUAGGGUGGUGGCAAGGGGCCUGGAGGAGAGCUACCUGAACCGCUACCUGAUCGAUCACAGGCCGACCUGUGUGCUGUCACCGGAGUACAGCUGGUGGGAUUCAGCCCUGGCUGCUGAUGUGCCUGUACAGAGACUAGUUUCCUUGGGGAGGCAAUGUGAGUCUUACGAUAAGAAGGCAAGAGAGGAGCACAAAUGUUGAAUAAAUAUAUAUAUAUAUGUAAAAAUGUGGGAUCGAAGGGUCCUGUUGGAUAAAUUCAAAAAAGUAUCUAACUUCCACAUGAAGGACUGCUGUUUUUAGAGUUAAAUUCCGUUUGGAGAGGGUCAAACAGUAGUAAGUAGUGUUAGAACAGUACAGGAGCUGGAAGGAAAAGAAAAAGCACAUAUUCCAGUCAUAUUUAUUCAAUUAAUAACUCUGAAUUCUAAUUCUAAUAGCCAAUAAAUGCAGCCUGCAAUCAUGCACAAGCAAACUGCCCAAUCUGCUCUCAAUUAAAGACUCAUUUGUGUGAACAGCACCUCUACGUGGCCGUUAUCUCUUCCACAGCCGAUGAAAACAAAAUUGACCUGUCUCUUUAAACGAAGCACUGUCCUCUCCAUUAAUGUCAGCCUGGGGAGAUACUGCUCCAGCAGCUUUGUGGUCAGCAGCGAUAAGAGUCAACAGUGUAAGUGCACACUUUCCCCACAGCGGCCAAUCAUUAACUGGAAGGGCUGCUUUUUCAAGGUCUUUAAAUACCAGGUGGAAGCAAAAUGGAUACAACGAGAUGCUGUUUGAGCUUCAGCAAAAGCUAAUGCAGUUUUGAAACUGGUGAAAGUGGUUCAGGAUGUAUUUCAAUAAUUUUCCAUUAAAAACUUUUUUGUUUUACCCAUGCAUGAGUUGGAGUAAAAGGUAAACUUGUGUGA